UCACUUUCAACAGCUUCGACUGAACACAUCUCACUUGUGAAAUAAAAUUAAAUAUGAAAAUUUGAACAAAAUUCUAAAUUUAUAGCCAAGGACUAACUUCAGCAUAUUUCUUCAGCAGCAAAUAAUCAAACUGUGGCAUUUGAGCUCUAGCUGCAUAUACUAGAAGUGGUUCGCGGGUCUCCUCAGGCAAAUCCAAAACUUUCAAGAUGGUUCUGAUGCUCUGCUGCAGUUUCGAUCCCUUCUAUGUGGGACCCUGCCCACCCGGCUGCCUGGCUCCUCUGAUGGGAGGAACUCCAUACUGUGGUUGUGGUCCCUGUGGUGGCUGCAGUCCCUGCUGUGGUUGUGGUCCCUGUGGUGGUUGCAGCUCGUGUCCUUGCGGCUGGUAAGCUGCUUUUCGAGAACGGAAGCUAAGAUAUUGGUCUCUGAUCACAGAUCCGAUAGCAAGCGGUAAAAAGCCAGAGAUCAAGCCUUUACGCAUCGCCGACUGCUGAAGAGAUAUGUUGCUGUUUGAAAUCCUUUCCUUGGCGGGGGCUUAAACACCCAAGCUCUCCUAAAUUUUAUGAAUUCGGUUUUUGCUGUUCAGAAAUAAAAUGGACUAAUAUAAAAAAUU